GAGGGGCGGGGCUGGCGGCGGCGGCCAUGGCGGACGGGGCGGGUAGCAACGGGGACGCUGCGGGGCUGCCGGUGGGCAAGGAGGCAGUGGACCGGCUGAUCCGGGAGAACGGUCACAUCUUCACCGAGGCCCAGUGCAAGGUGUGCAGCGCCCUGCUCAUCUCCGAGUCCCAGCGGCUGGCACACUACCAGAGCAAGAAGCACGCCAACAAGGUGAGGCGGUACCUGUCCAUCCACGGGGGAGAGGAGCUCGCCCACGGGAAGAAGAUGAGGCUGGAUGCGAAGCAGGACAGCAAGCAGGAAGGCAGCAACGGGGAAGACAGAAACAAGUGUUGUCCCAUCUGCAACAUGACUUUUUCCUCUCCGGCCGUGGCAACAUCUCACUACUUGGGCAAGACUCAUGCCAAGAACAUGAAGCAGCAGUCCCCCAAAGUGGAAGAAGCAGUGCCCCCACAGAAACAUCCUGCUACCCUCCCCACCUCUACCGUGUCUUCUAACGAAGAGAACAAGGACAUUACGGACCCAGACAAGUUCUGUAGCCUCUGCCAUGCCACUUUCAACAACCCCCUUAUGGCAAAACAGCAUUAUGUAGGCAAGAAGCACAGAAAGCAGGAGACCAAACACAAGCUGAUGGCACACUAUGGCCGAACCCCUGAUGCACCGGCAUCGUCCUUCAUGGACUCGCUGGCGUCGGGUGAUGACGAUGAAGACAGUGAUGGGGACGGUCCCCACGGAGACCGAAAUGAGGAGCCCGCCUACAUGCACAGAGCUCCUUACUGGACUCACCCGCACCGGAUGGACAAGAAGUUGUAUGCGGUUCCCGCGGGGAACACGGUGAAGUUUCGCUGCCCGGCUUCGGGCAGCCCCAGCCCCAGCAUCCGCUGGUUCAAGAACGGGCGCGAGUUCCGGGGGGAGCACCGCAUCGGGGGCAUCCGGCUCCGGCACCAGCACUGGAGCCUGGUGAUGGAGAGCGUGGUGCCUUCUGACCGCGGCAACUACACCUGCCUGGUGGAGAACAGGUUUGGCAGCAUCCGCUACAGCUACCUCCUGGACGUGCUGGAGAGGUCCCCCCACAGGCCCAUCUUGCAGGCUGGGCUGCCCGCCAACACCACGGCCCUGGUGGGCAGCGACGUGGAAUUCUUCUGCAAGGUCUACAGCGAUGCCCAGCCCCACAUCCAGUGGCUGAAGCACAUCGAGGUGAACGGCAGCAGCUACGGCCCCGACGGGGUCCCCUAUGUGCAAGUGCUCAAGACUGCAGACAUCAACAGCUCCGAGGUGGAGGUGCUGUACCUGCGCAAUGUCUCCCUGGAGGAUGCUGGCGAGUACACCUGCCUGGCGGGGAACUCCAUCGGCCUCUCCUACCAGUCCGCCUGGCUCACCGUGCUGCCGGAAGAGGAGCUGGUGCGGGAAGCCGAAGCCCCCGAGGCCAAGUACACGGACAUCAUCAUCUACACCUCGGGCUCGCUGGCCGUGGCCAUGGCCGUCAUCAUCGUGGUGCUGUGCCGCAUGCAGACUCAAUCGAGCAAGCAGCCCCUGGAGCCCAUGGCAGUCCACAAGCUCUCCAAAUUCCCGCUCAUCCGACAGUUCUCCCUGGACUCCAGCUCCUCCGGGAAGUCCAGCACAUCCCUCAUGCGCGUCACUCGUCUCUCCUCCAGCUGCGCCCCGAUGCUGGCUGGGGUCAUGGAGCUGGACCUGCCCCUCGAUGCCAAGUGGGAGUUCCCCCGAGACAAGCUGGUGCUGGGCAAACCCCUGGGGGAAGGCUGCUUUGGCCAGGUGGUGCGGGCAGAGGCUUACGGCAUCGACAGAGACCAGCCCGACAGAGCCAUCACCGUGGCUGUCAAAAUGCUGAAAGACAAUGCCACCGACAAGGACCUGGCUGACCUCAUAUCCGAGAUGGAGAUGAUGAAGCUCAUGGACAAACACAAAAACAUCAUCAACCUCCUGGGAGUCUGCACGCAGGACGGGCCAUUGUACGUGAUUGUGGAGUUUGCUGCCAAGGGCAACCUGCGCGAGUACCUCCGUGCCCGCCGCCCCCCGACACCCGACUACGCAUUCGACGUCACGGCGAUGCCCGAGGAGCAGCUCUCCUUCAAGGACCUGGUCUCCUGCGUCUACCAGGUGGCCCGUGGCAUGGAGUACCUGGAGUCCAAACGGUGCAUCCACCGUGACCUGGCUGCCCGCAACGUGCUGGUCACGGCAGAGAGCGUGAUGAAGAUCGCCGACUUCGGCUUGGCCAGGGACGUCCACGACAUCGACUACUACAAGAAAACCAGCAACGGCCGCCUGCCAGUGAAGUGGAUGGCACCUGAGGCCCUUUUUGACCGUGUCUACACCCACCAGAGCGAUGUGUGGUCCUUUGGGAUCCUGAUGUGGGAGAUCUUCACGUUGGGGGGCUCCCCCUACCCCGGCAUCCCCGUCGAGGAGCUCUUCAAGCUGCUGAAGGAGGGGCACCGCAUGGACCGGCCGUCCAACUGCACCCACGAGCUGUACAUGCUGAUGCGGGAGUGCUGGCACGCUGUGCCCUCCCAGCGUCCCACCUUCAAGCAGCUGGUGGAGGGGCUGGACAAGAUCCUGGCAGCCGUGUCGGAGGAGUACUUGGACCUUUCCAUGCCCUUCGAGCAGUACUCGCCCUCCUGUGAGGACACCGCCAGCUCCUGCUCCUCCGACGACUCCGUCUUCACCCACGACCCGCUGCCGCUGGCUCCUCGCCUCUUCUACCCCAGCGUGAGGACUUAAGGGCAGGCAGGGAAGGGUGAUGCCGAGGCCGCCUCCGCUCUCGUGGGAAGCGGGUCCGGGCUCUCGCAGGUUCCCUGCUUUGCCCGGUGGGAGCGGUGGGCGGGCAGUGCCCGGAGCCGCAGCGCUGGGGCAGGGUGUCCCUCUCUCUGGGCUUCAUUCUGUCACCAAGCUUUCAGUCCUGGCUGAGACCUGCCCGGCAUUGCAGGGUGGCGGGAGCUAGAGCCCCUCGGGGGCGGGCACUGCCCAGGAUGCCCGUGGCAUCGCCCAGGGAGCCAGGCUUCAGCCAGAGCUUCGGUGGAAGUGCCUCUGGGCGGGAGCCCCGCUACCUGCCGGGCUCCCGCUGCCUCUGUACAUAGAGAUGAAUAUUUAUGUACGUGAAAUA